AUGGUUGCUGUCCUUCAAGUGGACAGGCGCCGAAGACGGCGCAGCAGAGCGGCUGUGGCCCUGCUGCUUUGCGGCCUUGGUCUCCGGACGCUGUGGAGCGCAGCUGUUUUCAUGCGCCCUGCCACACUUGCAAGGCAGGAAGUUGCCAGGACUUGGCAUCGCGGAGUUGGCAUUGGCAAGGUGUCUGUGGAAGUCACCAGAGAGCACAGCCGCGACGAGGCCUUCAUGGAGCACCUGCGCACCCUAGCACGAGAGGCGUUGACUUGGGAUUUCCUCGAGGACCACCAGAGGAUGCUGUGGGCGGCGGUACUGGAGUUCGAUGCCGUGCCGACGCAGGACCUGCCGCCUUGGUUUUUUGAGCGGCAGAACUUCACUCGCCGGCAGCUAGGCGUGGACCUCUUUAGCCUGGAUGGAAAGCGUGCAGUACUUUGUCGUGCCGGCAAUGCCACACACCAGGACGUAAAGCGGUUCCUGCGAACGGCCAACUGCGUUUGCAAGGCUCCGCAAUGCACGCUCUGGACCUUUCGCGGCUGCAAGAUCACCAGUGCUUCCAAGAAAUGGCUCCGCAAUUAUGGCUGCCAGCACCAAAUCCUCGCCAAGCGGAGCCUGCGGAAGCUUCAGCAGGGUGCCGGUGCCUCUUCCCAGGCUCCUUUAUCAGGUCAGGCGCUGCCAUUCGCCCCGCCACUGCGGCCUUGCCAGGAGGAGUGCCUCGUGGCGUGCGCUAAGGGAGCCAGGGUCAUCGAGAUGGCCUGCGGCACAGGAAAGACACGCGUGAUCCGGGAGUUGGUCGCGAAAGAAGCGGGGAAGGUCUUGGUCACCGUUCCCUCGCGUUUGCUGCUGGAGCAAUUCGCUGUGGAGAUGCCUGGCUUCUGCAAGGUGGGCACACACUAUAACCGCAAAAUCAACAUGCAAUCCCAUGGCUUCAUUGCGGUGACUGACUCGGUGCAUUUUCUGCGGAAGCUGGAAUUCGCGGCUGCUUUUGUGGAUGAGGCCCAUCAUCCUUUGCCUCCAGGGAUGCCGAGCUGCAAAAAACUUUUCAAGUUCUCGGCCACGCAGAAGGAGGAAGUGGAUUUCAAGUACAGCCUCGGUGAGGCGAUCGAGCAGGGGGUGUUGUGCGACUACGACCUCACGGUGCCGGUGGCGACAGGACGGCAUCCCUACAUUUGCCUCGCGAACCUGCUGCUGUCGCAACAGGGGCGGUUUCGGCGCGUGCUAGCAUACUGCAACUCCGUUGCUGAAGCCAAGCGUUUCCAGCGGGUGUUAGAGACCGUCGGGUUGGCCGCCUGGCACAUCAACGGGCAUUCCAGCCGGCAAGAACGGGACGGGGUGAUGCGCGAAUUUGCACGAGAUUUGCAGAAGCCCGUGCAUGUGCUGGUGACGGUUCAAGUCUUGGGCGAGGGCGUCAACAUUCCGAAUGCUGACACCUGUAUGUUCGUGGAGCCCAAGAGAAGCUAUGUGAGCAUCAUUCAAGCCAUCGGCCGGGUCCUGCGGCCGCACCCGUCGAAGCCUUUUGCCCACAUCGUGUUGCCUGCGAUUGCGAUGUCCACAGUGCCGGCGUCAGAUGUCACUUCUCGCCACGACUUGGAUGACAGCCACGAUGCGGCAAGAGGAGUUGAAACUGAAACCAUGCAUAUUUUGGAUGAUGCGGCUGGCUCCGCAAGAAAAACUGCAUCCGUUGCUGGAAGGUUGGUGAGAGAGAGAACUGGAAGGUUGGUAGCUUCAGAUCGACCGCCGCACUCUGCAGGCUGGCAGAGUGCCCGAUGCCUGGAGUCGAGGCAGACGUCAAGCAGAAAUAGAGCCGACGUCCACGACACAUCUCUUCCGCAGGGCCAUGAUCCGGGGAAGGAGGCUGGACUUCGGAAUCGUCUCGUGCCCCGUUCCUGCCCGAUGGGGGAGCUCUUCCAUGCAGCCAACCAUGGGGCCACUAAUGCCACAAGGCCAGUGCAUGAAGCCAGUUCAGAGUUGUUGAAGGUGGAGGAGCACCGCGAGGCUACACGGUAUAAUGAACCUGGAGCAAGGCAUGCUAGGCCAGCAUCCACCGGCCAGCAGCUGAAGGUGAAGAGUGGCGUUGGUCUCUUUGGUCGUGAAAGUACGGACCAGCUUCAAAGGUUCCUGCAGGCAAUAGGAAACGCAGACAGCCGAUUUGUUAACACAGACGCCAAGCACUUGCAGUCUCGUCUUUGCAUCUUAGACUGCCAACUGCACCACGGGGUGUCACAGCUUUUGGGUCGCAGCUUGCAGUAUCAGUUGGCAUUGAUACUGCAGCGGCGGGACCCUUGGGAGCUGCGUUUGCAGGCAGUCGAGGAAUUUGUGCAAGAGCAUGGCAUUCUUCCACGAUUGGUGACAGAGAUGCCUCAGGAGAAAACUUUGGCACACUGGCUGCAGCACCAGUGUUUCAAAACGAAGCAGCGGUUACUCACAGCAACCAGGAUGCAGAAGCUCCUCGACUCGUCAUGCGGCAAUCUGCAAGCCCGUGUUGAGAAGUGGCUCGACCCGGAGACGCCCUUUGAGCGAUUUGUGAAGAAGUUGCGGAAGUUUGUCCGGGUUCACCACCGCAUGCCCGUAGGCAACAGGGUGAUGCCGAAAGAGCACAAUCUAGUCGUAAAUCUGGAGCAAUUUUUGCUUCCCGGGCGCAAGGAUCGUGAGAGGCGAUUUCAAAUUCUGGAGCAGGAGGGCCCCAUCGUCGCGAAAUGGGUAGCAUCAAAGCGAACACGACGUCCUCGACUCCGCUUGAAGAGGUGGAGGCUGAAGCUUGAGAAGCUGGUUGAGUUUUUGACCACCCAUGGUAGAAUGCCACAGAGCGGAAACAUUGAGCGGCCCAUGUACACUUGGUUGCUCAGACAGCGAAAGCAACUGGAUCGCCUCCCCGCCGAUCUCCGAGCGGAGCUGUUGAACUCGCACCCGGCGGUCGCAUCUUUCCUGCAGAGCUGA